AUGGAAUGGCGGAGUGCGGCCUGGGGCAGCCGCUGAACCCUUGGUUCAGCGACUAUCUCAGGGCGCGCUCUUAUCGUGUGAAAGUCGGCGACACGUUCAGCGAGGAAAAACAGGUAAACUGCGGCGUCGCCCAGGGUUCUGGGUGUGAGCCCGUGUGCUACCUGAUGCACUUAAAUAGCCUCUGUGGAGUAUUACGGCACUGCUCCGCCCACAUGUUUGCCGAUGAUCUUUGUACUCUGAGCGCUAGCACUGACCUCGCGGAAAUGUGUCGCCGGGUUCAAGAGGAUGUGGAUGCGGUAGUUAAAUGGUCACAUGAUAACGGCAUCUUAUUAAACGCUGACAAGACAAAAAUGAUAAUUAUUCACUCCCCGUAUUUACGUACUAUUGAUAAUCCACCUCCUCUGAUUGCACACAGCUUUGAUUGCUUCCAUAAUAACAAAAUCAACUGCACUUGUAAUCCUAUCGAAAAAGUUAAUUGUGUAAAUUACCUGGGAGUAAAAAUAGAUACCUCUUUUUCUUGGGAUUCCCACAUAGAAUACGUCUGUAGAAAAUUAAGAAUACUACUAGAAAAUGGAUUCCAAAAUAAGUUACGCUCUUGA